UAUAUAGAUGAUGCUAGGUUGCUCUUGAAUGUACUCAUAAGGGCUGAUGAUAUUUCAGGAGAGGACGCUGUCAUGGUGUCGCUCUCUGGAUGGAGUAUCAGCUGACUGUGGACAUCACUGUAAGCAUGGGCCUAACCAAACCAGUCAGCGAAGAGGGAGCUUGCGAAUGGAACCCACACCGGAAACAAGGAGUGUUCUUCUUCAGAUCCACAAGGGAAACUUCUGGGGAUGGAAGGGAAGAUCUUACCUAUAAUUUAACCUUUGAACCUCAUACUGGUGACAUUAAAAUGGACUUCUCCAUCACCGAACCUUGACCGCUGACCAAGACUCAAAUAAACUAGGCCAUUAGUUGUUUACAUUUUUUCCCCAAGACAAUGCUUAUCCAAAGAGUUUCAG